AAGUGCUUCUAUGGAAAUUGGAAACGCGCCUUCAAUCCUUUCUUAUAGUAGUCAAAAGGAAUGUUUUUGGGAUUGCAGUAAACACAGUAACACAUAAAAUAAUAAAAUAUAGGAUGAAAAGGAAGGGACAUGUAUGGUCAUGUAGGAAUAAAGAAAAAAUGGAACUGCAUGUUUUGCACAUAUGAAUGAUGAAGGGUAUCUAUCAAUCUCAUUAUAUGAAUGAAACAAACACAGAAACAGAAACCCAGAUGAUGAAUGAUGAUGAUGAUUCACAACAACACUCCUGAGUGUGCCCAUUACGGCACAGGCUGUGAGAUUUGCUUGACAUGUUCUCUGAAGAAGAAAGCGACAAGUUUGAGAUAAGUCCAAGCACCCCAUGUGGGUUCCUCCUCCCUUUUCAUCAACUUUCUUUCUCUCCUCAUUCUUCAGUCUUUUUCUCUCUCCCUCUUCUUCUUCUUCUUCUUCUUCUUCUUCUUCUUCUUCUUCUUCUUCUUCUCACUCUCACUUAAAAGCCACUUUCCUUGGAAAAAAAUCAAGCUUGCCUUGUGUUGUGAGUUGUGAGCUCUGGUUUGGUUUUCAGCAUGUGGGAAUCAGAGAGUGAGUCUGGUGCAGGAAGGGAAUAUGGGAGUGGACUUCUCACUUCAACCAAGCACAGUCUCAAGACUGAGGGAUUUCAGCAAAGAGGCAACUGUUGGUAUGUUUCAACUGAUAUUCCAAGUGAUCUUCUUGUUCAAAUUGGAGAUGCAAACUUCCAUUUGCACAAGUAUCCAUUGCUAUCUCGAAGUGGAAAGCUGAACAGAAUCAUAUAUGAUUCGCGCAACCCUGACUUGAAUAAGAUAGUUAUGGAUGAUCUCCCUGGAGGGCCUGAGGCUUUUGAACUUGCAUCCAAAUUUUGCUAUGGAAUUGCAAUUGAUUUAACAGCAGGCAACAUCUCUGGCCUUAGAUGCGCCGCAGAGUACCUUGAAAUGACAGAGGACCUAGAAGAGGGCAAUCUUAUAUUCAAGACAGAAGCCUUUCUUAGCUAUGUGGUUUUGUCCUCAUGGAGAGACUCCAUAGUAGUGUUGAAGAGCUGCGAGAAGCUGUCUCCGUGGGCGGAGAAUCUUCAAAUUGUGAGAAGAUGCAGUGAGUCCAUAGCAUGGAAAGCAUGUGCCAAUCCAAAGGGAAUAAGGUGGUCAUACACUGGAAGGGUACCAAAAGUUGCAAGUCCAAAAUGGAAUGACAUGAAGGACUCAAGCCCUAGUAGGAACCAGCAGGUUCCUCCUGAUUGGUGGUUUGAGGAUGUUUCAAUCCUUAGGAUUGAUCACUUUGUUAGAGUCAUCACUGCUAUCAAGGUAAAGGGUAUGAGGUUUGAGCUGAUUGGUGCUGGAAUAAUGCAUUAUGCAAUUAAGUGGCUACCUGGUUUGAUGAAUAAGGACACAUCAAUCCCAGGAGAAGAAGGAAGCAAUAGUAGUACUAGUAACAGUAUUUCUAGUAGUGGUGGUAGUUGGAAAGGUGGACUUCAUAUGAUUGUGGCUGGACCUAGAGAUGACACUUCAACUCUUCAAGCUAAAGAUCAAAGGAUGAUCAUUGAGAGCCUCAUCAGCAUAAUUCCCCCACAGAAGGAUAGUGUCUCAUGCAGCUUCCUUCUCAGGCUUCUGAGAAUGGCAAACAUGUUGAAGGUUGCACCUGCAUUGAUUACUGAAUUGGAGAAAAGGGUUGGAAUGCAGUUUGAGCAAGCUACACUGGCUGAUCUUCUGAUCCCAUGUUACAACAAAAAUGAGACUACUUAUGAUGUGGAUCUUGUUCAGAGGCUGCUUGAGCAUUUUCUUGUUCAAGAGCAGAAUGAAAGUUCAAGCCCAAGCAGACCACCCUUUCCUGACAAGCAUGUGAGCAGUAACAUUAAUGCUAAGACAAGAGUGGCAAGACUUGUGGACAGUUAUCUUACUGAGGUUUCCAGAGAUAGGAACCUUUCUCUCACAAAGUUUCAGGUUCUUGCAGAAGCUUUGCCUGAGUCAGCUAGGACUUCUGAUGAUGGACUCUACAGAGCAAUUGAUUCCUAUCUUAAGGCUCAUCCAACACUAACUGAGCAUGAAAGGAAACGGCUCUGCCGGGUAAUGGAUUGUCAGAAACUCUCCAUUGAUGCUUGUAUGCAUGCUGCUCAAAAUGAAAGGCUUCCAUUGAGGGUAGUAGUGCAAGUUCUAUUCUCUGAACAGGUGAAGAUAAGCAAUGCACUAGCCAACAACGGUUCUCUGAAAGAAGGUGCUGAAUCUCACUACCAGCCAAUGAUUCCAAACCGGAAAACGCUUCUCGAAGGGACGCCACAAUCAUUCCAAGAAGGAUGGACAGCAGCUAAGAAAGAUAUCAACACACUCAAGUUUGAGCUUGAGACUGUGAAAACCAAGUACUUGGAGCUUCAAAAUGACAUGGAAAACCUGCAGAAACACUUUGAUAAGUUGCUGAAGCAGAAGCACAGUUCAGCAUGGAGCAGUGGGUGGAAGAAACUAAGCAAACUCACAAAAAUGACUAAUGUGGAAAAUCAUGAUAUUUCACCUCAGAUUCCAACUUCAGAAGAACAGAACAGAAAGACAACAACUAGAAGGUGGAGAAACUCAAUAUCCUGAGUGAUAAGAAACUCUCAAUUGCUUUUGGAUUGGAACUAAUACCUCUCAUGUAUCAAUUUGUGUUACAGACUUUCUUUCUUUUUUCCUUCCUUUUUUUUUUUGCCAUAUUUCAUUCCUUUUUUUCUUAGACGGCAAGCAUAUGUGGCUUCUCUACGUUUAAUUCUUUGUUCUUUCUUUUAUAGAAAUCUCUAUGAAAUUCAAACUACAUUGUAAUUUGUCACCAAAUCAAAUCAUAGUUUUCCUGUGCGAAUUCUAGAGGCACUGCUUAA